CUUUUUUUAACUUAAAAAUAUAAUUAUAAUAGUGUCAACUGUUGCGCCAAUACUGCGCUUUAGCAGCUGAUAGCACAGUGAAGGGAGUAAACAUCACAUUGGCGACGAGGAGUGUAAACUCACUAAAGUUAUUCUGUCAUGGCUGGAUCUGUUGGACGGCUCGGACCUUUCAAUCCUGGGCAGAGUCGAUUUCUACUUUAUUGCAAAUGACAUUACGGGAGCGGACAAAAAGCGGGCUACCUUCUUAAGUUUGAUAGGAGCCGACACAUAUAAAACGUUUGAGAUGUCUGCUAGUCCCUGAAGCGCCAACAGACAAGUCAUAUGAAGAGUUGAAGAAGUUGGAGGAUCAUUUUGCACCUAAGAGGUCACAAAUAUAUUCGUUCGGAAUUUUACAGAUGUAUUCGUAAGCCUCACAUGUCAGUUGCUGAGUGCAUGUCUCGAUUUAUAAUAAGGUCACUUGCUAAAGACUGUGGCUUUGGUGCCCAGCUAGAUGUAAUGCUAAGGGAUCGACUGAUAUGCGGUAUCAAUGAUGCAGCUAUCCAGAAGCGACUAUUGUCAGAGGGUGACGAUCUCACACUCAAGGAUGCUCUGCAGCAUGCCAUGUCCCUGGAGCUAGCAAUGAAAGAUUUGAAAGAGUUGCAUUCGAAUGGUUUAGACCCUGUGCACUCUACUAGAGCAGGAGGAGAAGGUAGACAUCCGAAGCCUCACAAUCAUAAUGGCCAACAUCACACAGCUGGUGUUGGUGGUAAGCGUAACUGCUACAGAUGUGGACAGUCAGGACAUGCUCCUGAUAAGUGUCGAUACAAGACUGCUACCUGUUUUAACUGUAAUAAAACUGGACAUAUCAGUUCUGUUUGCCGUAGCAACCCAAGACGUUCUACCCCUUCAUGCCCGAGCGAUUAUAAGACGACCGAUCGUCCUGUACACGAUAUUCACACUAGUGAUACUACCGAUACUCGCGAUGAGUACUCUUUCACGGUCAGAACGGGUCAUACGGAUCCCAUUAUCGUUGAUGUCCUCAUGGAUAAUGUUUCAGUCAAGAUGGAGCUAGACACUGGCUCAUCUGUUUCCAUCAUGUCAUUGGAGACAUUUCGUUCACACUUUCCUUUCAAAGUUUUAGAAGAGUCAUCACUGAACACAUUUAAGGACCUAUUCAGGAGAGUUGUUAACAGUACAAGGUAUUGUACAUGUAAAUGUUGUUUACAAGAAGCAGGCUGUUGUUUUGCCAUUACAUAUUGUAUCUUAGAAAGGACCUACUUUGUUUGGUUGUGAGUGGUUAUUUGAGAUAAAGCUUGAUUGGCAUGAAGUGCAUAGUAUUAAAGGUCGAGAAUCUAUAGAUUUGUUAUUACAUAAAUUUGAGAGU